CAAUUAUUAUUUAUUAAUUAUUUUUAAAACAAAUUAUAAGUUUCAAUCUUUUUCAAUUAGCAAAGCAUAGUUAGCUCGCUUUAAAAUCAAGCAAUAUUAAAAAUCAUAAGUUAAUUUUUAGUUAUUAAUAUGAGUUUAGAUGGAAACGAAAAUAUAGCAACUAAAACUAUGAACCUGCCUAUUUAAGAACAUUUUUAUAAACUUGAAUGCAUGAUUGAAGAGUUAAUUAAUGAUAUUGAAGAAAAUGAUAAGUAGAUUUAAAUGCUAAAAGGAGAUUUUUUGACAUUAGGGUAUGAGAAUAAUUAAUAGAAUGGAGAUAUUAGCUUAUUUGUAUAAGAUGAAAUAACUCGCUUAGGAAAAGAAAACUAAUAGUAAAUUUUAUCAAAUUAAGAUGAAAUAAGCGAAAUAAAAUAAAUCAUUAAGAGAGUUAAGGAACUCAAAAAGAGCGUAGGUUAAUAAGUGGUUAUAAUCGAUCAUAGAGUCUAAGAAUUAGAAUCAAAUAUAGGUUUUAAAUAUUUCUUUGAUCCAAAUUUGCCUUCAGACGAAGUUUAAGAUCCAAGAUAGAAUAAUGUUUCACCCAAAUAGGCUCAUUUUGAAUAAGAAAAUCAAGAAUAUAACUAAGAUAGUGAGGAUUAUCAAGAUAAUUAUGAUUAAGAAUAUUGA